AUGCGUUUCUCUGCUCUCCUUGCUGCUCUCCUGCCCAUCGGUGCAGCCCUGGCCAACACCAUCCUCGUGAAAGUUGGUGAGAAUGGAACCCUGACAUACAAUCCUUCAAGCGUGAAUGCCACCGUUGGAGAUACCAUCGCUUUCCAGUUCUUGGCCAAGAACCACACCAUUACACAGUCGACGUUUGCGUCGCCAUGCACGAACUUCACUAGCGCCAACGGGACGACCGGUGUUGAUUCCGGUUUCCAAUUCGUCGCUGCGAACGCGAGUGCGUUCCCGCAGUUCAGCUUCACCGUCCAGAACGCGAGCGCACCGCUCUGGUUCUACUGCCGUCAGGCUGGGCACUGUGCUGCGGGAAUGGUGUUCGCCGUUAAUCCUACUGCGCAGAAGAGCUUUGCGACGUUCCAGGCUGCUGCCAACGCCACCGGCAUGAACGCGACCGCGUCGUCGGCCGCACCUUCACACGCGUCGUCAGCUGCCUCCUCGCCCUCCGCCUCCUCGACAACGAAGAUGAACGGCGCGAACACGGUCCGCACCGGCAGCGCCGCGGUCUUGUUAACCGCCGCCGGCACGCUCGCAGGGCUGCUGCUAUGA